AUGUCUGCCAGAGGAGAAUCUCUAGACAUUACAUCCAACAACAGGAAUGAUCAGGCUCUUUCUCCCAAUGUCGGCAGUUCAACGUCAUCAAACGUCUCAGUGAAUUGCAGAAUCUGCGGAAAGCCGGCCCGCUUCAUAUGUGGAAGUUGCCACGAUGUGUCCUAUUGCAGCCAGGUGUGCCAGCAGCAGGACUGGAGCUCUCAUAAGUUAACGUGCUUGGGACAACAGAAUCAUCAACAUCAAAUCCGAGAACCAAGUAUAAAUGAAUCUGCAUGGCCACGGGAAGCUGCUGCAGAGCGUGUUAAUGAACAUGGAUUCAUGUCUCGAAUAAAUACGAAUUGGAGGAGACCUGCAAACCAACAAGCUCAACCUACUCAAUCAGCACCUGCUGAGCAAGAGCCGCCACCAACUGAAGAAGAAAUGGCUGAUGACUUGCGGUUUUAUACCAAGCAGAUCUACUUGAUUAUCAAGCCAGUCGUCGCAUGUAUCGUACUCUCUGUUCUAUGGGUGAAACUGACGAAUCCGGCCCUUGGUUAUUGGGAUAGCGGUUUAUCGACCAGUCCAACUUACUUUGGCGAUAUUGGACAAUCGCUGGGUGGCAGCGGUGGAACCAGUGGAUCUAUACUUGUUACUUCGUUAUGGGCUGCUCUCCUCAUUAUCGCACAAGUUGUCGUCGCCACCAUCGUUAUUGUCAUUUGUUUUCGAUUCGGUUGGAUUAAGCUUUUGACUGGGUUCUUGAUGAUCUUGGUAUUGGGCUUACUAGGUCUCUUCACGUGGACCUUGUCUACGGCGUUGCUGGCAACGUUUAAUGCGCCAUUGGACUAUAUAUCCAUGGUUUUCGGUAUAUGGAAUUUCGCUGUCGUGGGGUUGAUGGUCAUCUUUUGGAGGGGUCCUAUGUGGCUUCAACAAAUAUAUCUAGUGUUUAUGAGUAGUUUGAUGGCAUUCACUUUGACGAGUAUCACUGCUUGGACUACAUGGAUCCUGUUAGUGUUGCUUGCCGUUUGGGAUCUCUUUGCGGUUUUGUCACCGUGUGGACCGCUACGGCUGCUAAUACAGAGCUCUCAGCAAAGAAAUGAGCCGAUUCCAGCCUUGCUAUAUUCUGUCGCCAUCUGGAUGAUGGCCACUCCGCCUGAUCGGCCUGCAGAUUCACCGUCUCCAACAGAACCGCGGUUUAGAGUUGACGAAAACUCCUUCCAAAUGACACCGUCGUCACCAGAAACAAGUCCAUCAGGACGGAGUAAUACUGGACUUCCUCAACCACCACCUGCUGCUUAUAGAACACCAGCGCCAUCUAGACCACCACCUAUAUUAGAUACUGUAGUUAACUCGUCGUCGAGAAGUUUGCCAGGUUCGGCGACAGAAGAUCCUAGCAUAGAUGGAACGCAGACAAACUUAUUAGAUGCUCCUGGAAGUCCAGCUGCUCAACGCCCGGAAAGCGACGAAGACGAGGAAGAAGAACGUAGUGGGCUCAAACUCGGCCUGGGCGACUUUGUUUUUUAUUCUGUCUUAGUUGCACGAGCUGCCCUCUUGGAUUGGAUCUCUACAUUGGCUUGCAUGGUUGCCGUCUUGACUGGGCUCAACGCCACCAUCUUCCUCCUAGCUAUUUAUCGUAAAGCAUUACCAGCACUUCCCAUAUCCAUAGCAUUUGGUAUUCUCUUCUUCUUCGUCAGCUCGAUUAUGUUGGUGCCAUAUUCGAGUUACUUGAUCUCUGCACCAACACGAUAUGUGCCAAAUACAGCUGGAGGAGCCAGUGGACUAUGGCUUGGAAAGAGUGACGGUAGUGGAGAAUUUCCAAUGGUCGAUAAUCGUCAAGGUGUUCGAGACUUGACUGCAACAAUCCGCCACAAAAUGCACGACAUUCAGCCGAUUUCUGGAGAGAAUUUGUCAAAGAAGGAGUUCUAUGACCAGAUUUUGUUACAGAUGCGGUCAUUGAUGGAUCCGGAGCUACCUCUGGUGUCUAAUCUUGCAAACUUCUCAUCGCUACUAUAUUGGAGCCUAAACGAGGAUCAGAAUAGGCAGAUAAAUUGGUGCGGUUUCUAUCUGACGGGAAGCGGUCAACAUUCCAAAUCAAAGCUGUACCUUGGCCCGUUUCAAGGGAAAAUAGCAUGCACUGUUAUAGACAUAGGGAAAGGAGUCUGUGGAACUGCAGCUAAAAAUCUUGAGGCCCUUGUUGUCGAUGAUGUACACAAGUUUCCAGGGCAUAUCGCAUGUGAUUCACUCUCAGAGAGUGAAAUUGUCAUUCCUCUGAUUGUAAACCGGGAUGGGAAGAAUUGUGUGGGAGUCCUAGACUUGGACUGCUUGAUAAAUUCUGGAUUCAAUGGCGACGACAAGAAGGGUCUGCAGCAGCUGUCUGUUGAAUUCGUAGUGUUUUGUCUUAAUUUAACUAUGGAUGGAAGUGAUGAUAGCAUCCCAGCCUCAGCUAGCGAGAGGACAAAUUCAUCAACACCCUCACUACCCCGCGCGGAGGCCACCUCGACACGAGAAUACUCGAAUUUCAACAGCAACGACCCCAGCCGAGAUGGAAGCAGAGAAGACGGUCUAGGCAUGCAUAGUCCGUCGGCACCAGCACGACCACGAAAGGCUUCAGAGUCACGAGCUAGACCUGCUUUAGCACUAUUAUUUGAAGCUGCUCGAAAAAGAAAUAGCUAUGUAGCGUCUGUGAAUUCCAGGGCCUCUGCCGAUGGUAUGGAGUUGGAGUUGUCGAAUGAUGAUUUGGGGCCAUUACCAAGUAGUCUGUAUAGUCGUUCAAGCAGUGUUGAUGGUGCACCACGUAAUUAUACACCAACUGCCUCACUACCAACGAAUGCUUUUGAUAAGUCGCUCGACCCAAACGCAACAGAUCGUACUGCCCAUCCUACAACAUCAAGUCGAUCUCUGAUUCGUAAUGAUGUACACGCUUCGACUCACAGUCUGGAAGACGCUGCUCCUACAAAUUCACGACCAGCCUCAGACUUUCAACAUUCAGGGUCUGCGGAUGCAGUCUCGCCACCAGCUCGACGAUUGUCUUUAACGAAUACCGUACCGUCUGCUCUUGGUUCGUCUCAGAAUAACGUUAGGCUCAGGCCUGAACUAGGACCAAACGAGCCGGAACCGCACCUGUCAGCUGGACCAACGAGGGCAUCAAGCAAACUGACAGACUCUCCGAAUUCUAGCCCUCCCAACACACUACCCAAAGCACCGCCCAAUCGUGCGUCCAGUAUACUCAAAACAGCAGCUGCUGAAGAUAUACCAGGACCCACAACCAUCACACCAGCUCCAUCAGGGCCAACACCCACAACCACAGUAGCACCUACUCCAUCAGCAACAGUAACACCACCACGUAAAUCUUCCGAUACACCUCAAAAACCAGAUUUUAUGUCCUCCGAGUCACUAACCAUCAAACCGAAAAGUCGGGUGCAGCACUUCAUUGCCUGGGCUUUAGCAAGGCUGUUUAUAAUAACCCCCGAAUCCCGUUUCUGGACGCAUUGGUGCUCCAUGAUCAAUGUGCUCCACGUUAUCAACGUACUAGUGGUGCCACUCAUAUUUGGAUGGACUGAAUACUUUAUAAAUCCCGGUUGGGUGGCUCUAUAUGCCAUAGUCGACGUCAUCAUGUUGGUCGAUUGCUUCUUCCAAGCUCGAUUGGCAUUCAACAACAAGUAUGGAAGUCUAAUACAGGACAACCAGGGCAUGUUUUAUAAUUUUGCUGUGACGAAUCGGGGCUGGUGGAUUACCUUGACGUCACUGCCUGUGGAUUUGUGUAUUGAAUUGUCGAGCCCUGUGUUUACUGGUACUCCAACAUUAAUUAUUCCAUUCCUUGACGUUUUGGCCAUGGGAGGCAACAAAAAUGAUGGGAUGCAAUUAUAUUGGAGGUAUAAAGUCUGGGCUGCUGUGCGAUUCUUCAAGGUACUGGCUCGUUUACCGUAUCGUCGUUUGUAUGACGCUGAAAUCAGUGGUGUUGCAGCUCCUGUUUCUCGAUUGAUCAAAACACUUGUAAUUCUCAUGUGGAUGGGUCACUUAGAUGCAUGCAUAUUCUGGUUUCUCGACACCUUCCUCCCUUAUGGCAACCGAUGGAUUGAUACCCAAAACCUUUUAUUUUAUGCCGGCACUACCAAUGUCGUGCCCUUCUCUACACAGUAUCUGAUAUCGUAUCUUUCAGCUGUCCGAUCUUUGGUCUUGCGUCUUCGUGAAGUUGAGCUUGAUGCAGAAAACAUUUACGUAUUGGGUGAAUUCAUUGGUGGUAUUCUGGCUUAUGGAACUGUGUUUGGUAAUCUGCAUUCUAUCGUGGAAAUGCUUGAUAGUACGGCUGCUCUCACUCACGCAGAGGAACAACACAAAUUCGAAAUGGGCUGGCUACGUACGUAUAUGAGAGAAAAGGGCCUCGUUCCCGAGUUACAAAAGAUGGUCAGCGCUCACAAAGAGUUACAAUGGAGAAAGUCACAGGGUACAGAUGAGGCACACCUAUUUGACGAUAUACCGAAAUCUGUACAACAAGAAAUCAAGAACUUCUUGUAUCUGGAUUUGGUGCGAAAGCCAUUACAUGUCUUGGACAAAUGGUUUGUUUUCCAAAAGGGUGAUGAUGGUACAGAAAUGUUCUUUGUCAAGACUGGCUCUGUAGAAAUUGUAGGUCCUGAAGGCCAGAUUUUCGUCACUCUUGGUCCAGGAAGUUUCUUUGGAGAGAUCGCUCUCUUUGAAGAAUGUAAACGCACUGCUUCAGCUCGAGCCAAAGGGUCGAUCGAGCUCUGUGUGCUCACGAAGGACGACUUUAACAGUAUUCUACGACAGUACAGUGUAGUUGCCGAAAGAAUACGAGCCACCAUCGCCGAACGUAAAGCCAAUGAAGCUCGAUUGAAGGCAGUAGAAGCUGAAAAGCAAGCUGCCGAAGCGAAACGAAAAUUGGAAGAAGCUGAAGCGGAAUCUAUUCGAAAAGCCCAACAAGAAGGAGAAAAGAAGCCCAAUGCUUCUUCAACCGGACUCAGAAGUCGUGGCCUAUUGCAAGGAUUGACGAAGAAGAAUCAACUUGGUUCACAAGUGUCAAUCUCUACCAACGGUGUGUCGAAGAAUAUUCUUCCCUUUGGGAUAUCACGAAGCGCCUUGCCAGGUGAUUCAAACAGUGUAAAUGGAUCUUUUAAUUACCUUCGACCCACAAUCAACCGUGCAGUACAGCCGUCGAGCAUGGGCCGUGAGUCAGCAGGCACUUCCAGAAGGAAUAGCCACUCAGUGGUUGGUAGUGUCGCGAGUUUGCCUCGCGCAGAGGGAAGAAAUGUUUCAAUAAUAAGCGGCCAUGGUAUUCCUUUCCAAACUUCCAACGCUGAACCGAUUCCAGUGCCAGCUAGCACGUCAAGCUCAACACCAUCCGGUUCCGUGCAUCACUUGCCAGCCUCGGUUUCCAGGACACUAAACAAUGCCAUACAUGGUUUGGCAGACAUGAUUUCACAUCCUCAUGUUGCUGCACACAGGGCCUCCGCUGAAGCUGGUACUUCUUCUUCAGCUCAUGGCAGUAUGAAUGGAUUGCCAUUGACAGCACCCUUACGGUCCCAUUCUGCCUCGGAUGUAGUACCUCUACCUGCCCAUUUGAUGAAUUCGCAAUUACCAAGAGACAGUAUUGGGUCAGCACGGUCUCACACUCUGACCAUUAGUCGGUUGAGGGAGACGGCAGGACCUAUUUCGCCGUUAAAAAGUGGAUCCAGCAGGUCGAUUACAGGUACCGGCUCUCCAACUCCAUCUGUGGCUGCUGGGAAACGAACAAAUUCAUCAUUGUUGAGCCGCAAUCCAUCCUUGAUGAGCAGAAAUCCGUCUGGAUUGAGCAAUGUGUCUGUCAACAACAAAUCACCAACGCCACCAACCGAUAGUGCUAAUGCAUUGCCGAUAGCAGGCAUAACGGGAACGUUUACUGCUGGUAUUCUGGCUGCCACCUCUCGACGUUCGUCACUUAUCCCACCCAGUAAUAUCCCACCAGAUAUAAACAAUUUGAGUAUUGGGGGACUGCCGAUAAUCAAUUUACGAGCACCAUCAACAGCAGAAGCAGAAUCCGAGUCGCCAUCCCCUGAAAGACAGAAUGACAACUUAACACCACUUGGCAGCAGUAAUUCCGUGUCGUCGCAUGCUAGGUGUGUCAGUGCUUUGAGUAAUGGGUCAAGUCGUAGUUCAGUGUCUGUUAGAAGUACACUAGAUCCAAAAGCAUGGGUACAUCUAGCAACAGUCAAACCAAAUGGUCGCCCUGCGAGUCGAAUGGUUGUCUUUCGUGGAUUCUAUCAACUUACAACGGCAGAAACACAGAGAACAGAUGCUUCGGAUAUAGAAAAAUUGUCGUCCUUGUUGGUUUUUACAACCGAUUCAAGGAGUGCCAAAGUCGUUGAAAUCAGCAAAAUGAAUGAAGUCGAAAUUUCAUGGUACUCUAUAGCUCAUGCCAAUAUGUACUUUUCCGAAACUCGAGAACAAUUCAGAAUAUCAGGACGCAUACAUUUAAUCACAUCUCCAUUGUCUUCAAUCCCUUCAAAUCCACCAUCAUGGUCGACUACAACUAAACAAGAUUGGGAAGCAUCACGACUAUCUAUAUGGAAUUCCCUCAGUCCAGGAAUGAGAUCAUCAUUUUCAUGGGGUAAACCAUCUGAAAAGUAUGAUGAGAAAGCAGGUGCAUCGUGGAUUACGUCGCUACCAGCAACUGCAACCACACCAACGGCGGUAGAACAGGGAGCGUGUAAGAACUUUUCUCUGAUGCUGCUACAAGUUGAUGCUGCUGAUCAUGUGAAUCUGUUUACGAGUCCUACGACGAGGACUCAGUAUCAGGUGGAUGAUGGUGGUGUUUGGAAGGCUACACGUGUCAAUCCGUAG